ACAUGGCGACUAGUUUUCGACUUGCCUUGGUACAGCUAGCAGUUUCUGCAAACAAGGCACAGAACUUGAUAAGAGCCAAGGAAAAAGUCAAAGAAGCCGUGGCAAAAGGAGCUCAAGUUGUUGCACUUCCGGAAUGUUUCAAUUCUCCAUAUGGUACUUCAUACUUUGCUGAUUAUGCAGAGUCAAUUCCUGGGGAGAGCUCAAAAAUGUUAUCAGAUGUUGCCAAAGAAACAGGUGCAUAUGUUAUUGGAGGAUCUAUCCCUGAGAGAGAUGCRGAUGGCAAACUAUUCAACACCUCAUUGUCAUAUGGACCAUCAGGAGACUUGYUAGGGAAGCAUAGGAAGGUGCAUUUGUUUGAUAUUGAUAUACCUGGAAAGAUUCGCUUCCAAGAGUCUGAGGUCCUUUCCCCUGGAAAUAGCCUUACAAUUAUUGAYACWGAGUUUUGUAAAAUUGGUGUUGCAAUUUGCUAUGAUAUGCGCUUUGCUGAAUUGGCACAAAUAUAUGCCAAAAAUGGUUGUAAAGUGCUUGUKUAUCCUGGUGCUUUUAACAUGACAACUGGUCCAGCUCACUGGGAGCUCCUUGUUAGGGCAAGGGCAUUGGAUAACCAGGUCUAUGCUGCAGCUGUUUCACCAGCAAGAGAUGAGAAGGCUAGCUACAUAGCUUGGGCUAAUAGUACUAUAGUUAAUCCAUGGGGAAAUGUGGUGGAGAAAGCAGAUCACACAGAACAGAUCAUAUUUUCUGAUAUUGAUUUGAACUAUGUUGACCAAGUGAGAGCACAAGUCCCAGUUCAAUUCCAGAAGAGGCAUGACAUCUACAAAGUAGAUACCUUGAAAUAAUAGUCAAAUAGGAAAUAAUUGUAAUAAAAAUGGUGCCAAUGGUGUAGAAUUUUAAUAAAUUAUGAUGUAAUAUA